UAUUGUGCGGUCGCUUAAUUAAUGCAAAAAAAAAAAAAAUUCGUUUUAGGCUUGGCAUGAAAAUUUCUUUGAUAUCGAUUAUAUUGCAUACGCAUUUCACAACCAAAAACGGGCGGUUUGUCAAAGCCAUUACCCAGUAGAGAUGCUUUGCAUGAACUGAGGAAUCUUCCUUUUAAUUUGAUCAAUAUGAAUAAAAUCGCUAAUUUUCACUGCAUCAAAUUUUUAGAUUGGUUAAAGUUCUGGUGUGAAGCAACUUCUGUAACGCUUUGAUACCAGUUGUCCUCAGACAGCAGAUCAGCUUCAGUUUUCGGAACUGGGGUUCAAUAAAUCAAGUUUCGUUAUGAGAAAACUUAAUUGUUGUUCCGGUUCCAGCAUAACGCCUAGAACUAUAGAUGAAGAGGACGUGUAUCGUAUAGGAUAUUCUCCUUUCUCCAGUCUUUACGCAUGGCAAGUUUUCCCGCGACAGGAUGUUAUGAAUGACGACAUUUUUAUGCGGGAUCGUAGAUCUAAUAAAUUAUGUAAAGAGGACAAGAAAAAGAAAAUGAAAAAGAAAAAGUUGAUAAUCGAUUAUUUUGUCGCUGAUCAUCCACAACUGUCCAUAACUGACAAAACUACAUAUGAUGAUGUGAAACAUGAUUCACUUAUUUACUCAGAUUCUGUUGAUCUCAUAUUGCACGCUUAUGAAAAUAAACCUUAUGACUGUGAAUUGCAGCCUUCAAAAACGCUGUCAAGUGGGAGGGAGUGUAGUGUAGAUGAUAAAGCGACGAACUUGCAACAGAUCCAUGGCAAUAAUGCCGAUGAGAAUAAUCAAGGAUUAGAGGAUGAUUUUGAGUCUCAAAUCUCUAUACUUGGGUUACACCAACGUUUUGUGGAAGAUUUCCGGCUUAUUCCAAAUGAAAUAAGACUUCACAGAGAUAAUGAAGAUUGGAUAAUAACAUUUUUAGAAAACAACUUUUGUGCUAUAGACGAUAAUGUCAAAAAAAACCUUAGCGAAAGUCUUCUGCUUAAGAUUGGAUUCGAAGAAAACAGCAAAGUGAUGAGAACCAUAUUGCAACAAUCGAAGCUACUACGGCCCAAUCAUGUUGAACCAAUAGACUUUAUAAAGCGUUUUGUGGCAGACCAAUUCAGAUACAACCCUGAUCUAUCGCACUAUUGCCACUUGCAUAAAGAAGGAUACAAAUUGGAUCAGAAGGAUCGAAUGGAAAGUUCCUCCGUCCGUACUNGAAUAGAAGUAUCGGGGGGGAGUCAACUUUUACUUGUUUUCAAUUGUGGGGGGGGUUGUAGAUCAAAUAUGACGAUCCUUCUCGGGGGGGAGAUUUUGCGUCUUACAAACCAAUAUAUGGGGGGGAACAAACACCAAGAAUAA